CUUCUAUCGUGUGGAUUUUACUAGCGUUUUAUAUCCAUAUCACGAAGAGAUUGAAUUAUAUUGUGAACUUUAUAGUAUUGGAUAUAAUGAAUUUGAUAUGAUAUAGCCUUGUGGAAUAAAUUGGUUAUUCUGUAUUUAGAGUUCGGAGAGAAAUUAACUAACUGUAGGAUAACUGUACAAUGUAAAGAAUAGAACUAGACGAAAUCAACCAUGAGUUUUAAGGAUAAAUCACCACGGACCAGUACAUCGGAGAACCUCCAACAACUAAACAUCAAGGACCACUAUCAAGUCAUCAAGGAACUAGGAAGAGGGACCUAUGGUAAAGUGUUACUUGCCAGAUGCAGGGAAACAAACGCAGAAGUGGCACUUAAAGUGUUGCUUAAACAAGGAACCAAACUCAGGGACUUUCGAAGAGAAUUUAAAAUAAGUUAUUUUUUGUCACCACAUUUUAAUAUCAUGGACACUUAUAAUGUUGCGUUCGAAACUCCGACAUCAUUUGUGUUCGCUCAAGAAUAUGCUCCGCUUGGUGAUCUUUUUGACGUCAUUGAGCCUCAAGUGGGCAUGACUGAGGAUGAGACCAAACUUAUAGUGAAACAAAUCGGUUCCGCCCUCGACUUUAUGCAUAGUAAACAAUUAGUUCAUCGGGAUAUUAAACCAGAAAAUGUCCUCGUGUUUGCUCCUGAUUAUUCAAAAGUGAAACUGAUGGAUUUCGGAAUGACUCGACAACAAGGUAGUGUGAUCCGUAAAACUAACGGCAGUAUUCCCUAUACACCCCCAGAAAUAUGUGAAGCAGUGCGCAAUGAGACAAUUAUAGUUCAAACUACAAGUGAUGUUUGGGCUUUCGGAGUAUUAAUUUUUUGCAUAUUAACUGGAAAUUUUCCUUGGGAAAGUGCUGACAUAGGUGAUGUGUACUUCAAAGAAUUUGUUUUAUGGCAAAGACGUAAAACAGUAAAAAUUCCUUCGCAAUGGCGCAAAUUUACGCCUCGAUUCAUGCGACUUUUUCGUAAAAUGUUGGAAAUUAAACCUGAUAAAAGGUGUAAUAUUAACGAAGUUUAUAAGUAUAUGAGUAACAUGUGGUUAACAACUGCUAAACAUGGCAGUGAUGACGACGAUUGUAUUAGUUCAGAUGAUUCUGGA